UGCCUUGUCACCAUGGCGACAGGCGGAGAUCACGUAACCUGCUGCAGGUUCACGUUGAGCUGAUUGAGCUUCAGCUGUGAGACUUGAAGCUGAGCGCUGUUCUUAUUGUGACCUAGAGGAGUCCGGUCCGGUCCGGUCCGGUCCGGUUCGGUUCGGUUCGGUUCAACCUGAGAUGGAACAUCCUCGCCGGUUCUGAAAGCAUCUGCUCGUGGUUCCGGUUCUUCUGCAGGAUCCACCGGCCGUCAGAAUGCAGAGCACCGCCAACUACCUGUGGCUGAUCUCCGACCUCCUGGGUCAGGGCGCCACGGCCAACGUCUACCGAGGACGACACAAGAAAACAGGCGACCUGUACGCCGUCAAGGUGUUCAACAACCUGAGCUUCCUGCGGCCGCUCGACGUCCAGAUGAGAGAGUUUGAGGUUCUGAAGAAGCUGAACCACAAGAACAUUGUGAAGCUGUUCGCCGUGGAAGAAGAGACCAACGCCCGGCACAAGGUCCUGGUGAUGGAGUACUGCCCCUGCGGCAGCCUCUACACCGUCCUGGAGGAGUCCACCAACGCCUACGGCCUCCCCGAGGAUGAGUUCCUCAUCGUCCUCCAUGACGUCGUGGCAGGCAUGAACCACCUGAGGGAGUACGGCAUCGUUCACCGCGACAUCAAGCCGGGAAACAUCAUGAGGGUGAUCGGAGAGGACGGGCGCUCCGUUUACAAGCUGACGGACUUCGGUGCCGCCCGCGAGCUGGAAGACGACGAGCAGUUCCAGUCUCUGUACGGCACCGAAGAGUAUCUGCACCCAGACAUGUACGAGCGCGCCGUCCUGAGGAAGGACCACCAGAAGAAGUACGGCGCCACGGUGGACCUGUGGAGCAUCGGCGUGACGUUCUACCACGCUGCCACCGGCAGCCUCCCGUUCCGACCGUUCGAAGGACCACGCAGGAACAAGGAAGUGAUGUAUAAGAUCAUCACAGAGAAACCGUCAGGAACCAUCUCUGGCCACCAGAAGAGCGAGAACGGAAAGAUUGAGUGGAGCACCGAGAUGCCUGUGUCCUGCAGCCUGUCUAAGGGCCUCCAGAGCCUGCUGACCCCAGUUCUGGCCAACAUCCUUGAGGCGGAUCAGGAGAAGUGUUGGGGUUUCGACCAGUUCUUCGCUGAGACCAACGACAUCCUGCACCGCGCCGUGGUCUACGUCUUCAGCCUGCAGCAGGCCACGCUGCACCACGUCUACAUCCACGAAUACAACACGGCGGCGCUGUUCCAGGACCUGCUGUGCCGCAGGACCAGCAUCCCACUGCACAACCAGGAGCUUCUGUACGAGGGCCGGCGCCUUAUCCUGGAUUCCAACCGCCAGGCUAAGACGUUCCCCAAGACCUCCAGGGACAACCCAAUCAUGGUGGUGAGCCGUGAGGUCGUCGCCACCGUCGGCCUCAUCUUCGAAGACCCGAGUCCCCCAAAGGUCCAGCCGCGCUACGACCUGGACCUGGACGCCAGCUACGCAAAGACUUUUGCUGGAGAUGUGGGCCACCUGUGGAAAACCUCCGAGUCUCUGCUGGUUUAUCAGGAGCUGGUGAGGAAAGGUGUCAGAGGGCUGAUAGAGCUGAUGAAGGAAGACUACAAUGAAAUUCUGCACAAGAAGUCUGAGGUUUUCCACCUGUGCAGCAUCUGCACGCAGCAGCUGGAGAAGGCAGAGCUCCUGUUGGAGGCUCUGAUGCAGAACAACGUGCUGACCUCGGAGUACGAAGACAUGGCAGACAUGCACAAGAAGGCCCUCAGGAUCUCGGGUUCUCUGGAUCCCAUCGAGAGAACGACGCAGGAGAUCAAGAGCAAGUUCCUGCCUGGUGGGGUUCUGACCGACAGCUGGACCCAGCAGGUCGGGACGCACCCCGAGGACAGGAACGUAGAGAAGAUCAAGGUCCUGCUGGAUGCCAUCACUGCCAUCUACCAGCAAUUCAAGAAGGACAAAGCAGAACGACGUCUUCCAUACAAUGAGGAGCAGAUCCACAAGUUUGAUAAGCAGAAGUUGGUGAUCCAUGCUGGCAAAGCUCGCUCUCUGUUCACCGACGAAUGCGCCAUGAAGUACCGACUCUUCAUAUCCAAGAGCGAGGAGUGGAUGAGGAAGGUCCACCAUGUUCGGAAGCAGCUGCUCAGUUUGUCCGGUCAGCUGAUCGGCGUGGAGAAGGAGGUGACCGUGCUGCUGGACCGGGCCGUCAAGCUGCAGGAACAGCUUCCCCAGAAGGUUCUGGUUCCGAGCGUGAUGAAGGCCCAGCCGUACCUCAGCCCCAACACGCUGGUGGAGAUGACGCUGGGGAUGAAGAAGCUGAAGGAGGAGAUGGCGGGAGUCAUCAAGGAGCUGGCGGAGAACAACCACUUCCUGGAUAGGUUUGGGACUCUGACUCUGGACGGAGGGCUGAGAGGCUGACCCGGUCCGCGGCGCCGUGUACAUACGCUCUGUAAAUACUGUCUGAUUCUGACGGGUACCCGGACCCGACCUGCUGGAACCAUACAUCAGAACCGCUCUGUUGGACCCAGAACCUUCCAUCUCCUUCAUGACUCCAUUUCUCCAGAACUUCCAGCCGGACCUCCCGUUGCGCACAGAGCUGAAUGCUUGUUGAAAAUAAGACGGAACAACGAUUGAGUCGUGGUGUUUUCCUUUAAACGCUGUCAGACGCAUCACAUCAGUAUAAUCUGCCCCACAGCAUCAUGCUGCCACCGCCUGAAGGGAUUAUUGGCUGAUCCUGCAGCUCACAGUUGGCGUCACUGGAGGAUAUUACUCAUCUAGGUUUUAUUAUUUCCAUUUUAUUUUUGAUGUUUCGUUGUCACAGAACAGAAACAGCAGCGGUUUGAUCAAACAUGAUCAGACGGUAUGUUCUGAAUAUUCAUGAAAUUAACAGCAAUAAUUUGGGUAUUUAGCCUGACAAGACAAAAAUAAACAUUCUGAUCAUCAUUCAUUCAUUUAUGAUGUCACUGUUUCAAGCUAAAUGGAAGUUGGAGCUAAAUAUCUACUAUUUUUAUAUUUAGCUCUGAAUAUUUAGCAUUGUUAGCUGCGUAAAUAUCUGGUCUUUUUAGCUUAGCGCUGCUCAAUAUCUAGUUUACAAACUUCUAGUUCAGAUCUGAAUAUUUAGCUAAUAUGCUAAUUUCCUUGCCGAUCGGCGGAAGUGGACUGUCAAAAUAAAAGUACUGGUGAGAUAGAAAUGUCGCUGUUGCCUUUAAACGACUCAACUUUUAUUGGACAUGAAGAGGCAACGUGGAUCGGUUAGGAGAGAAGUUUAUUUUGGCAGGUGAAUUAGCAUAUUGGCUAAAUAUUUAGCUAGGAGCAAAAUUUAUGUCAGAUUAAAUAUGUAUCUUUAUAACUGUGAUACUAAUAAAUAUAGAAAUGUUACUUACUGUGUGUUUUUGCUCUGACAGGGUAAAUAACCCACAUUGUUGCUGUUAGUUUCUCAGUAACAAACUGCAGGCCUGGAUCAGAUCUGCUGGGUUUUAUUUCAUUUUCUGAUCUAACACCAACUGCUUCCCAGUCUCACAGGUUCUAAACAGUAAACCCAGUUUACAUGAUGGUUCUGUUAAGACAAAAGUACUUAUUGACCCAAAUAAUUCAGCUGAACAAAUCGCCAAGAACGUCCCAAUCAGACGAAGCACCCCAGGAUGUUUGGGAAGGAAUUUGGCUCAUUUUGGUGAAAGUUUGUGGCUUUAAUUGUUCAGAAAAACGUUAUAAUAAACCCAGUUAAAUGUCCAA